AUGUUCUCAUCUUUCUACAGCCAGCCGCCGUUGCCAGCAUCCACGCCGCGCAGCAGAACGGCUCGACGCGCCCAAGUUCGGCGUGCCUGUCAUUUCUGUCGCCUGACCCGGGCCAAGUGCGACUCCCAGCUGCCCUGCCACAACUGCCAGCACAAGGGCCGAAUCUGUAUGAUCACAGCCUCUGACCGGCGCGGACGAGCUUCACAGGUUGUGCAGACGCACACACCGAAGACUGGGCUUAUCGUCGAGGUGGCUGGAACAACCGGCCAGCUCAGUCCGACUGCUCCUCUCGUGCCUCUCACUCCUCUCUGGAAAGGCCUGCGUGUCGGCGACGUCUACUACGGCCCAUCAUCCAUGACCUACUUCCGCAACCGACUCUACGCCUUUCCCAACACCAUACUCCGCCGCCAGCAGCCCGACGUGGCCAGCCAUCUGCGGUCAUUGUGCCGCCCGAGUGCUACGCUCGCCGGCUUGCCUCCCCCGGAGAUGCCGCACGCGCAGGAGGACCUCGACCUCUGGUGGCUCUGGCAGCAGCGACUUCCGCACACACUGCGACUCUCUUGUGGACUCCUAGGCGCCCAAUAUCUCGACAACUGCGGCCUGCCCAGCUCGGCCCACAGCCACGUCGCAGCAGCUCUCCGGACGGCCGUCUCGUUGGGCAUGCACUGCUCGUAUGUCUCCGUUGCCGUCGAUCAAGAUGACGUGUCUUACUCGGCGACUGAGCUGCUGCAGGUGCUGGCCGGCCGCCUGUGGGCCUCGCUCACCGCCAUGGAUGCCGACCUCAGCGUCCGACUCGGUCAUCCGAUGCUGGUCUUGGGCCUGGGGCUGGGCCUGGGCAUGGUCACGAGCAUGGGUUGGGAUCAGGACACUGUUCUGCUCUGUCGCCCGACUUCUUCACCUCGUCUGGCCCGACUGUUGGGUGCUAUCUACGUCAUGUCGCCGGCAGUGGAGGACGAGACGAAAGACGACGACGACGAUGGCCGUCAGAACAGCCAGAACAGGCAGGAGGAUCUGGGGUGGGAGUGUCUGGGGGGUCUGGAGGCCCAGGAGGGCCUCGAGGGGGAGUCUCCCCACAGUACCACCUGGCUGACCUACCAUGACCAAUGCACACGCCUCAUCCACCUUGUCGGCACCAAUCAUGCCGACUUCUACCGGCACUGCGAGCACCUGUUCCGCCAGCACGUGGCUUCGGUCACCAGCAGCAGCAGCAGCAGCAGCCUCCACACCGACCCCAACAUCCGCGAGGCUGCUGCCCGCUUCCUUGUCUCACGCACGUCGGCGCUCUACGCCUGGGCCGGCGCCGUGCCUUAUCGGCUGCAGACUCCGCGCAGUCGGCUUCCGGACCACGACCGUGCCCGGCCCUUUGACACGACCUCGACGGCUAGCCCGCUCGAUCUCUGUCCGCAUCGUGAUCCAGCUACACCGCUCUAG